GCAAAUCAAGCGCUGUAAAUGAUCUACGUGGACGAGCUCUCUGUCUCCUCCUGCUGCUCUGCUCUGUGUCCGCCUCUGUAAGUCAUCACCAUCAGUCCAAGAUAGCGGACAGUCAGGAAACCAGCGGUAAUGAAAGGAAGCGGAAAACACUCGAGAUAGCUCGAUAGAAACCAAUCUGACACCGCCUAUGUGUGCUGAUUUUCCCAGAUGUCCUAUUUAAAGGGGCUCCUCACCAGCUGCCUUGUGUUGGCGAGUGUGAUGUCCUGGGCCAAGGCAGUGCCAAUAAGCAUAGAUAAAACUAAGGUGAAGCUCCCAGAGGAAACAGUCAAAGAGCCUCCCCAGAGUGUGGACACUGGACUGCAUUAUGACCGCUAUCUCAGGGAAGUUAUCGAUUUCCUUGAAAAAGAUCAACAUUUUAGAGAAAAGCUUCACAACACAGACAUGGAAGAUAUAAAGCAAGGGAAGUUGGCUAAAGAGCUUGACUUUGUCAGCCACCAUGUGAGAACCAAGCUGGAUGAACUUAAAAGGCAAGAAGUCAGCCGUCUGAGAACCCUAAUCAAAGCCAAGCAAGAUAUUGAAGGAGGGAAUGAUAUUGCAGUAGAUCACCAGGCAUUACUCAAACAGUUUGAGCAUCUGAACCACAUGAACCCACACACAUUUGAGGUUGAGGAUCUGGACAGACUUAUUAAAUCGGCUACAAAAGAUCUGGAGAACUACGACAAGGAACGGCAUGAAGAAUUUAAAAGGUACGAGAUGAUGAAAGAGCACGAGAGACGGGAACACCUGAAGACACUUGAUGAGGAGGGCAGGAGGAAAGAAGAGGAGCACUAUGAGGAGAUGAAGAAGAAACAUGCUGAUCACCCUAAAGUCAAUCACCCCGGUAGCAAGGAUCAGCUCAAAGAAGUAUGGGAAGAGGCUGAUGGCCUGGACCCUGAAGAUUUUGACCCCAAAACAUUUUUCAAUCUGCAUGACGCAAAUGGAGAUGGCUUCUUUGAUGAACAAGAGCUGGAAGCCCUGUUCACGAAAGAGCUGGAGAAGAUCUAUGAUCCAACUAAUGAAGAGGACGACAUGGUUGAAAUGGAGGAGGAGAGGCUGCGAAUGAGAGAACAUGUCAUGAAUGAGGUUGACUCUAAUAAAGACAGACUGGUGUCCUUAGAUGAGUUUCUGGUUGCCACAAAGAAAAAAGAGUUUCUUGAACCAGACAGCUGGGAAACUCUAGAACAGAACCAGGCAUAUACUGACGAAGAGAUGAGAGAGUUUGAGGAGCAGUUGGCCAGGCAGGAGGAAGACUUAAAUCUGAAAGCAGCUGACCUUCAGAAGCAGAGAGAGGAUCUGGAGCGACAGCAGGAGCAGCUCAAUGCUCAGAAAGUAGAACUGCAGCAGGCCGUGGAGCAUAUGGAGCGGUUAAAAACACAGAAGGAUCCGCCUCCACCUGAGAUGCAAUUGGAAGGGAAUGCUGUCCCUGAGUCACUAGGACAUGACCAGCCUCCUGUGCCCCCUGAGCACCAGCCUCUGCCCCCAGGACACCAAGAUAUCCCUCUAGAACAACAACAACAACAUGAUGCACCCCAAAAUCAACAAGAUUUAGGACAGGAACACCAAAAUAUACCCCAAGAAAAUCAGCCACUGCCUCCAGGACACAAUAGCCCACCCCACGAUUCUCCACAGAUGCCCCUCGACCACAACUAUGUGCCAUAGGACGGUCAUAUGCUUUUUCCUGCGUGAUUGUGUGGAAAACUGACCUAACACCAGAGACUUCAACAAACAGUACCUCCUGCCCAGUCAAUGAUUACUUGCGGUUGUGUGCUGCGGUUUUAACUAGUACGGAAUUGGCUGGUUUUGUAAGCAUAAUACAUUUAUUGCAGACUUUGCGGUUUGAUACAAGUGUUUGAUUUUUUUUUUUUUGUUAUUGAAAAUAUCUUUUUCAUAUGUUGUGGAUAUUUUAUUUUCCAGCACAGUGGAUUGGAUGUGUGUACGCUUUUGUUUUGCACAUUUAUUUUUCUGAAAUUUUAAUGGCUACGAAGAGCUACUUUAAACCUAGUUGUGUGGUAUCAGAAUAUUGUUGAAUUGUACUGGAAGUUUUUAAUUGAUUAGGGCUACUCUGGAGUUUGAAUGUUGCUUACAGUGGGAACUUUGAGAGUAAGGUCAAUAAAAAAAAUUAAAACAAUUUGAAAAAA